UCCGAGUGUAAGAAUACAUUAACGCAAUAACUUAUAAAACCAGAUUUCAGACAAAAAUCAAGAUCAAGGACAUUUGGCAACCUUGCAUGUUCGUCGAACAUGUUGGUAUCAUCCACGUGCCAAGGAGGAAGACGAGAUCAGGAAUGCUGCUUGUUGCUUGUGCAGUUGCAGAGUGCUUCUGGUUGGGUAGUUGAGUGAAAACCGUGAGGAAGCGUGAAACAGGGGGGAUCGCAGACUAAUCGUUCUGUGUUGUGUCUACACAAAAGGCAUCAUUGAAUGUGUACUGAAAAUUAGAUUUUUGUAUAAAGGGACAUCAUUUGUGAGAUAUUUAUACUGUUAAAAAUCAAGAUUGUGAAAUCGUGGUGUGGAGGCGUCGAAAGAAGUAAUUGACAUUUCUCGAACAUUUUCGCUUUCUAGUUUGGUCUUUUGCGGAAGAUUUUUACUCAGCGUAGAAAAAAAGUCGUGUUGUGUAUUGAAGAUGGGUUGUGUAGUUCACAUGAGAAGAAGAAGCUCUGUUAGUGCAAUUAACAGGAAGCUGGAAGCUUACUCCUAGUGUGCUGUCCUGCAACACAUUCCUGAGAACUUCAUGCACCAUCUAGUCUGAUUAACAUCUACAUUUGAUCAAAUCGUAAUUUCUACAUUUCCAUCUUAUAACAAAAUGGGUUCAGCAGAGCCUGAUCGGUCUCUUUCUUCUGGCAUAUCAAUUCCACAAUGGAUGAAAAACAAGAUAAAUGAUAGGUAUGAUAUUGAAGAAACUUUUUCUCCUCCCACUCAUGACGAUACAUUCUUUUACAUUCGAUACCCAAAGUCUGCUAGAGCUCGCACACCAGAGACAAAGCGUAUUGUGGAAGAACCUGCCUUGACUACAGCUGUUCCAGAUUUCUCUCAGCAUACUCUUCCGUGUCGUCAGUUCAUACCAUCAGUUUCUAUGACAACAGACAUCAAGGGGUCCUCCUUUGCAAAACCAAUAUCAUCUCGCGUGAAACCACAAGAUGAUGAAAUUGCUGGAGACAGUGGGGCUUGUGGAAAAUCUGUUGUGGAUGUUGCAAAGCAGAUGAUAUCUGGCAAAGUUGUAAGAGGUUUCAGUGUGGCUGGUAGCAAUGACAACCUUUCAGUACCUUCCAGUGGCUUUGACCCUGCUAAGAGACGUGGAAGCAGAUCGUUGCCCGCUAGCCCCUUGGGUUCACCAUCUCAGUCACCCACAUCAUCUCCUCGGAUACACAGAAAAGUCGCUCAUCCAAACAGAUUCUUCACUGGCACCUUCCAGGUUCCUGAUAAAGGUAAUUCUGCCGAUGAUUCAGGUUCAAAUUUUGGUAGUUGGAUUUGGCCUGGAUUUUUGGGAAAUCGUGAAAAUGCAUUUUCAUCUACCAAAACACUAACAAUACAUGAAGAGCAUGGAGGAGAAAAAUCAUCUGACGAAUUAGAUGCUGUCAAGAAAGAGACUCAAAAGGUUGAGAAGUCUGUUUCUGUUCCUGUCUCCCCCCCAAUGUCAGAAAAAUCUUUGAAUUCCACAAUUGUUGUUGGCACUUUGUCUUCCGAAAAGCAAAAAGGUAUAAAACUGCAACCAAAACCAUCAGAACUUCGAGAAAUGAAUUUUUGGUCUCCAACAUCAAUGUGAGCACAGAAAUGAAAUACUCUCAUAAUUUGGAUUUUGGAACACUCCAAUUAAAAGUGAACUCUGUUAAUGUGAGCUUAGCAUUAUUGAAGUGACAACUGUCUAUUAAUAUUUCUUUUGUAAUGCACAGUGCAUGUAAUGUAACUAUGAGAUUGAUAGUUGUGAAAAUGGUAUUAUAAAAUAGUGUUUCAUAGAUGCAAUAAUUUUGUCAAAAAAUAUUUGAGUCUCACAUAUUUCUUAAGUAGAAGAUCUGUAGUAUAAAUUAUUAUUUUUAUGAGGUUGAUACACCUUUUUAAUUGUAAAAUGUGUGUUUAUAUGUCAAUAAUAUGUGCAUCACAGUGAGAUUGGAAUUGGUUUUGUGCAUGUUUUAUAUAUUUAAGGAGUUUUUCCUUUCAUUUCAUUUCUUACGGUUUUAUAUUUUUGAUUGCUGAUAAAAAUUAAAUGAGAUGUUAUUUAGAAAUCAUGAUUUGAUAGAUAAAUAGUUCCUUUUUUAGUUAACACUUAAAGUUUAUUUUAAUUAAUAAGCAUCACCUUAUUGAAGCCAGUCUGCUUUUUGAGUUUUUCCUUUGUACUGUAAGACAAGUAUUGGAAUCAGUUCAGUUAAUUUAUUUCUACUGUACUUAAUUUUGAAUCGCAAUUAAAACUGUUGAAUUUAAUACAUUGAUCUGUAUUGUUAUAAAGCCUUUUUGUUUCAAAUGCUUAUUUUGUGUGAAAUAAAACCAUACAUAAAAUAGUUUCAUAAUUUAUAUGGAUCUCCCUUUUGAGUAAAAUGUUUUUCCCCUCAACAUUUUUGAAGCACAGUAAAACUAUGAAAUAAAGAUUAUAGAAGUGUCCUUUUUGAAACGUGGGGAUAUAGAGUUUUGUCUAUUACAGGCUAACUCUUCUAAGUGGAAAAAUAAUAAUAUAAGUAUAUAUUAUAUGUUUACCAGUUAUCUUACAUCUUUACCUCUUUCAACUUGACAGACAACUCAAAAAUAAAUCUGAGUUAAGGUGCCCUUUACGCAAAUGUAGCACUAUUUACCUGGUAGAUGGACACCAAUACCAUAGUGUUGAAAAACAUUGUGUACGAAGUACACAAUGCAUUAUAACCACUUACAACUUAUCGAUUAUAAAGUUGGUCCAAACAUUUACAAUUUUUAUUUGAAUUUUAUUUUGUGUGUACUGUUAAUAGACAGGGCUGACAACAAUCAUUUUUAAAACUUAAAAAAUAUUUUAAUGCAAUAGGAAGUUAAGAAACGCUUCUUUUUGAAGUCUGAGUUUACUCGCUCAAUUCAUACAUAGUGUAUAUUCAUACAUAUGUAGGAAUAUGGGAAAAUUGGGAAUAAAAACCUUUUAAUUUGUAAUUAUAUUAAUUUAAUACAAAAGUUAAUAAAUAAGAUUUGUGUUGAGUGCAUGCGUGCAUGUGUAUAUAUACACACAAUUCUGGGAAUCUGUCAGGGUUGUGUUGUGGAAAGCUAGCUCACUAGGCUCAAGCCACGGGGGGAUGUACAAAUUAUAAUUUUAUAUAAAUUAAAUAUUAUUUGCAUGCUAUCUAGUGAACUCUGAUUAAACAAGUUGUUAACAAGUAUAUUAAGGCUUUAAACUUCCAUUUGAUGCCUAAAUACACGCUUUAAACUGAAAGUAUGUGAUUAAGAAAUGAGUUUAAAAAAUGAAAAUUAUGAGUGUACUUGGGCGCUUAUGUGAAGAUUAUAUAGUCAGG